CGUGGGAUGACGGCCAUGUUCUCGGGGGGGUCUGACACACCACCACUGGCCAGAAAAUGUUGUCAAAAGAACAGCUGUCGGCGGCUCUGCUGCUGGCGCUUUCCAGCAACGCCGUGCUGCUGUUGGUGGUUUUGUUCAGGUCCGCGGACGUGCACAGAGAAGCUCACGGUGCAGGAAAACGUCUGUGCACAUCGACCGGCCCGAGACGAGAGCUCGCCGCCAAACUGCAGCAGCCUGGAGUUCUGGACAGAGACGCGUUGCUGCUUCGGGAUUUCGUUCUGACAGUGGAUCGGUUUAACGACAUUGAACAACAUGUCCAGCCCAGGACGGCUGCGGGCUUCCGUCUCGCCUCGCCGGCGUUUCAGCAUGUCUUGUUGUCGUUAUUAAAGUACAAGCUGUCCAAGCUGGGCACGUCACGGAGGCCGAAAAUUUAUAACCCCGUCCUGGAUAAACUGUUUGUGGAUGACAGUCCAGCCAAAGGUCACGAACCCACACGUGGUGAGGACUCGACCGAAGUUACGGACGGACGUUCUGCAACCAGUUCAUUCGUUGACCAAAAUGGACACGGGGUGAAUUAUUCACAUCGAGCCGACGGCAGUUGGACGGGAGAACUCCACGUUACACGUUCUGACGGCCGGACAAAUCCGGCGCUGGUCGCAGCCGAGAGCGCAUCGGCCCCAUCAAGAAGAGAAGUGACGUUUCAACUUUUCUCCGGUCAAAACCAAACCGACUCGGAUGACCAGCGAAAUUCGUUUGCGAACAUUUCCAGGUCGAAGAGAGGCGCCGGAAGUGAACCGGUCAAUGGUGGCGUUCCGGAGCAGGGACAGAAUCGCAUCAAUGAAAUCUUCUCGACUUUCACACAGGUUGAGAUGGCCGAGUUUCCCGCCCCAGUUUCUCGGGUCCUGAUUCCUGCACUGGUACAGUUUGAAGGGAUGCUCAUAAAGUAAGGCUUUCCUUAACCGUUACGAAACUAGUUGAACAGAUAACGUUGUUUUUUUUUUUUUACAAGUAAUUGUUAAUGAAAACAGGCUUCCUCGUAAAUUAUUGAGUCACUGAAGCCAUCUGCAGUCAACUUAAACCCGUGCCUCUAAAAUCAAUGGCCGUUACGCAUGCAUUUUCUUAAGUAUACGUCCAUGCCUGCAAUCUUGCGGACAUACCAGCGCUAUCAUUAUCGACACCAUGGUCGCUUAUUCCAGACAGUGUCUACCAGCCAUGCAUGUGUGUCAUUAUCAUCAUGACUGAAUGUAUACACCACACAGCAUGUGGAAUGAGCGUGCAGGGGGGUGGGGGGGGGCAGCCGUCCCGGGCGCCAUCUUCUUGGAGCGAAAAAAAAAGAAUAUUUUUUUCCAAUCCAAUUUAAUGCAAAAUACUUUCUUAAGAAUAAGAGGUUGCCUGAAUUCAAGGUUUUCCGCGACCCUCACAGGGGAGUACUGUUUUCACUUUUCUAGGCUUUCAGAUUUGAUUUAGAAUUGAUUUUGUGAGCGAAGCAGAACUUAAAACAAAAAUAUUAUAAAAUAGUUGAACAAAAGAAAUGAUCACACAUAAAGUUUGCUCUAUUUCAAAUUGUCAUUGCGCCAGAGUGGGUCGCCUUUUAUACGUUUAAUGAGAUGUUUCUUCAAAUCUCUUCUCCUUUACACCCUUAACAUACUAAGCCUGUUUACCGUGUUACGAUAAUUUAAGAUCACAUCCCAAGCUUCCGACUGCUUGGUCCUUUACCUUUACACAUACACACACACACACACGCAUACACGCUCACACACAAACACACACACACACACAUAGACACACACACACACACACAAACUCGCACAGAGACGCACACACAAAUCAACACAUUUUUACUUGUUGGUCGUGUUUCCCCAUUGAACCCAGCAGCCUGGGAUUUUGUUUACCAUACAAAUCUUACGUAGCCAAAUCUGAAACCUUACACCACAGAGAGCUGGAACGUCUGCACGCCGUCGCCGUGGCUCACGACCUGAGGCUCGAAGUACUGGAGAAGGCCAUGCUGACCGCGGCGGAAGGCCACGCCGAGAUUCAGGCCGAUGCUGUGGACAACAAGUCCCAGCUGGUCAGCGGCGAACAGGUCCUUGGUGGGGAACAGACCUUCGUCCCUGCUGGGAAUAGCUCGAAUCUUAUAGAACUGGUUUGUCUUUUUAAUUUUUAAACAUUUGUGUAAUAUAAGUAGGUCAGUAGGUCAUUCAUAAUAUAAUAUGUAUAUAUAUAUAUAUGUAUAUAUAUAUAUAUAUAUAUAUAUAUAUAUAAUGGGAUGGUCAUCAAAUGACAUUUAUCUUAGUUUUUUCUGUGUUGUUGUCAUUUUUUUACAUGCAUGAUUGCUAUAUUUGUUUUGUCUCCUAUGUAAUGUCGAUUUAUGUUUUCGUAUCCUAUGGAAGGUCGAUUUAUGACUGACGUUCAUAUUUUACAAUUGUGACGUUUCUUGUACAGAAACCGUAUUGCACUAACUUCAUACCUCCUUCAAACCUACUCUUUAACCCCCCCCCCCCCCAAAAAAAACAACAACUUAACCUAUUCUCUUGCCAUGACCCCCUUCCUCUCUCCGCGCCCCCACCACAGGUUGUGCCCCUGGAAGGUAGCGGAGAAGGGGAGACGUCACCUGCAGGAACCUCCACUUCUCGGUCCCCUGGGGUGACGCCGUGGAGAGUUCCAGAAUACUACGAGCUGUUCAGACACCUGAGCACAUUAGAACAAAAGGUAACAGCUGCAAUCCUUUCACAUUGCCAACCAAAUCAAAAAGAAACAUACGCAAGGUAGAGGAAAUCCUAAAUAAAUAGAAAUAUAUACAAGGCAGGGCACUACAACAAAGUGUGGACCUUUCGGCCAAAAAAUCUUUCGACGGAAAAAAAAUAGUUAAACACACUUUUCCUCUACCUUUUGUAUAUUUCUUAAUACUUCAACCAGAACGCAGUGCUCCCCCUUAUUUCUCUUACAUCACUAAACGCAACGCUACGACGCCGCCAAGACCUCCCUGAAACUACGUUCUUCUAACACCAUUACGCCCUCAUCGGUCACCAAACACCAUCUUACAUCACCAUGCCCAAUGGUGCAACACCUUGCACUGCUUCACACAUCUUUCAUUCCUGUUCUAGAUCAUUACCUCGCCUCGCCAAGGUGGGCGUCGAGUAGGGAGUGGGUGGUCAACACCUUGCACUGCUUCACACAUCUUUCAUUCCUGUUCUAGAUCAUUACCUCGCCUCGCCAAGGUGGGCGUCGAGUAGGGAGUGGGUGGGGGGGGGGGGGGGGGAGGGGGGUCCAGAUAUUCCAGUGACACUGCCGAACAUAAACCAGCUAGGAAAUCUGACGUGAUAUCCCGGAAAUCUUGGAUAUAAACAAUUUUUUUUUUUUUAAAGACUUAAAUUUACCGGAAAGCUUUUAAACCUAAUGUUUAAAAAGAAAAAAAAAUGAACCAACACAUAGAAACCAAGUUUUUCUUGUAAAUCAUUUACAUGCAUUCUUUUUAUUAACAUAUUAACAUUCCAAUGUACCGCGGUGCUUUGACAUCGAAUAUUCAUUUCACCAACUAUCUCUGAAAUACAAAAUAAAAAUAUUACACACAAAACGCACUUCCGGUAUGUUGUCGUUUUUUUAAAAUUAAAAAUCUCAUUAAGCGAAAUUUGGGGGGAAUUAUAUUUCAUGAACUUGGUGUCAUCAUAUUUCAUGAACUUGGUGUCAUCAUAUUUCAUGAACAUGGUGUCAUCAUAUUUCAUGAACUUGGUGUCAUCAUAUUUCAUGAACUUGGUGUCAUCAUAUUUCAUGAACUUGGUAUCAUCAUAUUUCAUUAACUUUGUGUCAUCAUUUUCAUGAACUUGGUGUCAUCAUAUUUCAUGAACUUGGUGUCAUCAUAUUUCAUGACCUUGGUGUCAUCAUAUUUCAUGAACUUGGUGUCAUCAUAUUUCAUUCAUAUUCCCAACGAAAAGUAUGUAAAACAGAUUUUUGGAGGGGUUGGGUCUGGGUGGUGGGACGGAACAUUUGAGAGAAUGUGUUGCCAUCAGCUUGGAGUCCAUGUGCAAAGUUUCAGCUCGAUGCGUUGACGGGGAAACGGGUCUAUUUGCCGUCCGAAGAUUUUUUGCCUUAAUCACACACAAAUAAAUACAUAAGAUUUGCAGGCUAGAAAUGAGUGCCGUGUACAAAAAAAAUAUAAAAAAAUUAAUGUAUUGUACGCUUUCUUUCCUUGUAAAUUGAAUUUGUUUAUUUCAUUGAAACGUUUUGUCCCGCGGUCAGUGUGGGCCGUUCACGGGUAAUUAAUAAUUGACUGCUCUUGAAAUGGGAGACCUUGACAGGAAAGGUCGGCUGAGAGCGAUUAGUGUGCGACGUUGUUGUCGUCAUGUAACGUUUUUGUCAAACGUUCCACGUUUCAGGUCUUAACCCUGGAAAACUACAACAUCAUGAGCGAUUCUGAGCUAACACGUGUCAGGUCAGAGGUCAUCAAGAUGGACGACAAGGUCAGUGACAUUUAGUUACAUCCCAACGAAACCGCAAUUCUGAACUGCUUUAAUUUUAUUUUAUUUUUUCCUAAUUAGCAAAAAGGAUCAUUCGUGUCGGCCCCAGUGGAUUGAUUCCCUUUGGUUUGUCCUAGUAAACGUGGUCCUUCCAAAAUCUUGACGAAAUGAGAUCAAGCAUCCAUUAUUUUAGGUGACAGAGCUGGACAGGAGGAACCGGAACCUGCAGAUACGGAUGUCCAUGCACGCGGUGAAAAUCUCGGAGAUGGAAAUGUUCAAGAACAAGGCGGAGAUGACGUUGCAGACAUCACAGGAAGCGUACGGGAGAGUCAACAACAGGCUGGACGCGUUCAAGGUGGGCCUCACGAGCUGGAGGUUUGGCGAGAUAGUGGAGGGGGGUGGGUGGAGGUAUGGAAGUAUGGAGAUGGGUAGUGUUGGGGAGAUGACGGGGGUUGAUGGAGACAAAGUUAAGAAGGGAAGAGAUGGAUGGGGGGUGAGAAGAGGACAGAGGUGGAUGAAGAGAAAGAUACCUUUUCCCAAUUAAAUGGAGGGGUGGGUAAGGACUGACACGGCAGAGUUUUUCGGUGACGUCAAUAUCAAGGCCAUACUAGGGGAGACAUCUGGUGAUGACUAAACACAGCUCUAACUUUAAGUGGCCUAGACAUAGAUUAUAUUUUAACAAACUUAUUUUGGAAAUAAUAAAAAUAAAACCUUUUUAUAACGUAGAUCAUGGGUCGUGAAACCAAGAUGAGCAAAAUACAAUGUUCAACGAUAACUUAGUCUAAACCUAAAUUAGUGGUUUUCACAUCUAUGUACAAAUCUACGUUCACAUCUAUGUACACAUCUAUCUUUUCACUACAAAAGAAAAACUUGUAUAUUGACCGCGUAAUCAAAAUAUGCCGUGACGUAGUUCACGAACUGCCCGAAAGGCAUGGCGUGCACUGUGCACUGUGCACCGAGGCUAAGGCUAGUGUCCAUCUUAACAGGAGCGGCUGGCCGGGCUGAAGACAGACCUACGUGGCAUCACCUCGCAGUUUACACGCCACGACCAGAUUUCUAGCGAGCUCCGGGCAGCAGAUGCAUACAAGGCGCACGACAUUCAGGUAGGCUGAUGGGGGCAGUUUUUCUUUCAGAAAAUUUCCCCGGGAGGGGGGGUCACUUCAAAUUUUCGGGGGGGGGGGGCCACUUCAGUUUUUUCUCAGUGCCAGCAGUUCCAGUUGAUAUAUUGUUGGACAUAUUUUUGCUCCGGGGGUGGGCACUUGGCUUUCCCCAGGGGACACUAACCCCCCACCCCCCGGAGAUAUAGCUGAAAGAAAUCCUGGAUGGGGGGCAUACAGCCAAAUUGACAAACUGAUUACAUGUGCAUUAGACACAUGCUAGUGUAGACCAAUAGGACAUACUAUUGUAAGUCAAUGGGACAUUCAGGUAGGCUGAUAGGGGAGGGGGGGCAUCCAGGAGGAUGGGAAACGCAUUACAAAUGAAUACACCCGCAUGAUACACUUGUGUACACUUACAUGGCAUACAUGUGUAUCAGACACGUCUUGCUAGUUUACACCACUAGGACAAACUUUUUGUAAGUUAACACGGCAUGCUAGUGUUAAGUCAACCGGAUAUGCUAGUGCAGCGGUUCUCAACCUGAAGGUCGCACGACCCUUUUCCAGGGGUCGCCUAAGACCAACUGAAAACACAGACGCUCUACAAUUAAAAAGGAGAAGCGAAAAUUUUUUGUGGCGGGGGUCGCCACAACAGGGUGAGCUCUAUUAAAGGGUCGCGGCAUUAGGAAGGUUGAGAACCACUGUGCUAGCGUAAGUCAAAAUGACAUGCAAGUGUAACUUAACACAACAUACUAGUGUAAGUCAACACGAUCAAUUAGUCCACGUCAACACGACAUACUAGCAUACGGCAGCACGACAAUCCCAUUACCACAGCGAACCAACCAGGUUGACAUGUCAUUUUCAACCCCCGCUUCCCCACCCCCCACCCCACGGUCUUGUUCCAGGAGAUGAGAAAGAACAUAUUUGGCAUCGAAGGCCGUCUGAACAACUUGUACUCCACCUUUGAUAAGAACGUCCAGUUGGUCAGGAGUGACGUCAGGGGCAUAAUGGAGAGGCUGUGCUCUAAAAAUAAAUUGUCGUGUUGACCAAUCAGAAUAGGAGAUCAUCGAAUGACGAUGUUGGUAAUGUGUUAGAUACGUAGAAAAACAAAUUGUCGUUAUUGUAUCUCUCGCUCUGUUAAAUGACCAAAAUGUAUUAAAAAGUUGGGUGGGGGUGGGGGGAAGGGCAUAUGUUCUGAGAUUUAUGUUUAAAACCUAAAGAUAUUUAUUUGCCAUUUAUAGUUUUACCUUAAAAGCGUCAGCUGUGCACUGUGGUACAGUGCUCUGGUACUGUGGUACAGUGCUCUGGUACUCGUGGUACAGUGCUCUGGUACUGUGGGGCAGUGCGGUGCUCUGGUACUCGUGGUACAGUGCUCUGGUACUGUGGGGCAGUGCGGUGCUCUGGUACUCGUGGUACAGUGCUCUGGUACUGUGGGGCAGUGCUAGCCCAGUCUCUUAAUUUGGCCGACCAUCUCUACCCUUUUCACCGAUCCCCCCCCCCCACUUUUAUUUCAAUUUAAUUAUCUCCUUUAUGUCAAACAUCUUGUUCACCUUUGGUCUCCUAGUCUAAAUUCGUUCAAGAUGAACGUCGCUAUGUGUAUCAACUCCUUCAUCGAUGUAUUGUUAGUUAACGUGCAAUAUAUAGUUUAGUAGGAUAACAGUUUAAAGAAAUCAAACAAUUGAUCGAUCCACUGAUUGAAAUAUUGAGAACAUUUGAAAUCGGUCAACCAGAUGUUCCUGGACACCCCCCAAACCCCCCCCCCCCCAAACUAAAACAUUAGGUGCCCGCUGACUUUUGGAAAAUCCUUCUCAUGGAUGGCAUUGGCAAGGAUCAAAAUCUACCCUAAAAUAGUUGGUGUAAAUAUCACUGAAUAUUUCUCAGGUUGAAAAGCUCGUUGAAAAGAGAUAAUUGAGGGGAGGGGGGGGGGGGAGACAAAUAUGACCACUUAGGAGUGGGGUGGGCG